CAGCGUGCGAACUGCGAAAUUUCCUCGACGCAAAACACGAAAACCGAUAUGCUGUAGCCAGUGACGACUGAGCGUGGCUUGUGCGAUUUUUUUAACAGCCCAGAGAAGAUCGAGUGAAGCAGCGAAGAGAAACGGAGUCGAGCACGGGGAUCAGGAGCAGACACCAACGGAAGCUGGCGAAAAGUCCAACCUCAGCUGUAGUUGCCAAAACGCCACACCGGAGCCGUCAGUUUCGACAAAAUUCUGAUUAUUCAUUCAACUUGAUUUUGCAUUUGCUGAUCAACCAAAAAAAAUCCAGCUAAAUCAUGGGGAACAACGUUGGCACCCCGAUUUCCACUGAAGAUCCGGACCAAAAUGGAGGUACAACGCAAGAAAUGAAUGAAUUUUCCGACGAUGAGAGCGAAUUUUCGGAAUUGGGCGUAGAGGAAAUACAAAACAAAGCACGCUAUUUGUGUGCAAACAUAAACAUGUGCUUCAGCGUGUGGAAGCUCGUGCAGAAAGUUGAGAAGCACGAGACGGAUGACAUGAAGCGUCUGUUUGAAAAGAAGGACGCAGACGGUGUAAAGAACUUUUACGCAGUGGAAAAGAGAAAUAUUUACAAGGAACGGUACUCGAGAGAAAAAAUGAACCAGAUGUACAGCAACUGGAAGAAGCUCAAAAAUUUUAAAAAUCUACAAGAGUAUAGAGAGUCACAGAGCGAGCAGCCUGAUACAAAUGGCGAAAGCACAAAAGUAGAUAUGGAGAAAUCAAAAUUGAGCAAAAAAGAAAGGGAAAUAUUGGAUGAGUUGCUCUCUUUCCGGACCGACGCCGAAAGCUACGCCGGCUUUUACUCGUUCCUGGUUAAAUGCGACAAUUUUUCCGACGAAAAGGACAAAAAACGCAAGCUAUUUCGCAGCAUGCUGAUUGAGCGUCUUGUGAAAAAGAACGUGCGAAAGCUAGAAAUCGCGCUGGGCCUCGACUACGAUGACAACUUCACCGACUACAAAGAAAUCUUCGCAGCGUUGCAGAAGCGAAAAGAGGAAGUGUCUGAGUUGAAAUCAAAGCUGAAUGAAGAGAUCUUCAAAAAUUGCCCAAAGAAGUUGGAUUUCCAUUUAAAAUUCUCGCACUAUGUCGUUAGCGUCGUCAAGAGAGCCAAACGCAAGCACCUAGUGGAUGACGUACCCGACUACUUUAAAGUAGGCGACAAAAAUCACCUGGAUAUGGUGCGCGACGUGCUCAACUGCAUGGUGACGUUCGAAAACGAGCAAACGACUCCUCUGGCCCUGCUGUGCGAGUACGCCACGAUCGACAUGUUCCACGCACUCAUCGGUGACACCGAGGACCUCGACGUGAGGAGCGCACUCUCGAGCGACUCCGCCAUCUGGUGCACGCCAGUCGACAAGAAUAAAAAACAAGGCCCGAGCCUGGUGCACUACGCCGCCAUGAACCCCUCGGCCGACAUCCUGCGUCAUCUGUUUGACGAAGGACUGGUGACCACUGAUGACCUGCAGAAGGAGACCUCGAGGGGCAACACGCCACUGCACUUUGCCGCACAGUACAGCUCCAUCGAUUGCGUCGACUUUCUCUCCGAAAAGGGAUGUCCGUACCUGGUGAGGAACAAACUGGGAGAGACGCCGCUGCACCUGGCUGCCAACGGAGGCGACCUGGACACGUUCAACCGCGUGUAUCACAUGUUCCCGGAUGAGGAGUUGUGUCUGCUGGACGAGGCAAAAUUCGGGCAACCGCUGCUGUACGCGGCCAAGAAUAACCAUUUUGAAUGCAUGGGCACGAUUUUGGACAAGCAGGCGGAGGCGGAUGGCACCGUACACGACGAGGAGUGCGACACGGCGCUGCACUACAUCAGCAAGGAGGCGAGCUCCCGCUGGCUGGCUAAAUUGCUGAAAGCCAACGGUCUGAUCGGCGAGAAGAACGAGGUUGGCAACUCGCCCAUAGACUGGAUCUCGUACUCGCGGCUCAGGGCGCUGCUCGACAAGCACGUGACAAUGGUCAAGCUGAAGCGUAACAAGGGUGACACAUCGCGCAAGGACCACACCGAGGUGAUUUUCAACAACCUGUUUGGACACCACGCAAGUGGUAGCGACAUGAAGAACAUCAUGGCCAUCGCGCAGGCGGCCAACGCUGAAGCUCCUGGCGACGAGCAGCCCAGAAAUCUUUGCCUGCACCCGCUGUGCCAGGCCCUUGUCUCCAUCAAGUGGCAGAAAAUCCGCAAAUUCUUCUUCCUCAAGCUCGCCUUCUUCCUGCCAUUCGUCUUCUUCCUCUCGCUGCACCCCAUCCUGCAGAUGCAGCGUGAUCUUCGCAUCGGAUCAGACGCAAAUGACUCCAGCACCCUUUCAGACGAGCAGUACGACCAGUGGAUUGAGCUAUCGCUGCAGGGCACACACCUUUUCCUCGUCAUUCAGGUGGUGAGUGGGCUGCUUUCCCUGUUUGUGCUCACUCAGCCGUUCCUCGAGAGGUCGGCGACGUACGUGAACACACAAAAAUACAACAUUCGCCGGGUGCGGCGGCUGCUCGAGUUCUACUGGGAAGAACUUCUGUGGUCGGACUGGUACGAGUACGCCCUAUGGGUCAUCGCUUUCAUGCACCUGGCGGACGCGAUCAGCCCCAUCGUAGUGGUGAUCGCCUCUUGGUUCUCGCUGUUCUACGUGUGCUCCAACCACCCGUCCAUCCUGCCCCUGCGCUACAUGCUGGUGCGCAUCCUGCUGCGUUACAUCAAAUUCCUCAUCUUCUCAAUUGGACUUAUCGGUGGGUUCGCCCUCGGCUUCUUCCUUCUGGUCAACAAGUGCAAACUGGACAGAGACCACGAGGGCGUGUGCGCAGAGGGCUUUGACACGCUCUACACAACCAUGCUAAAGGUGCCUUCCAUGAUGAUGGGCGAGAUUUCGUUCGAGUCUUUUAAGUUUGAGGCCAGCGCCCACCUGCAGUUCCUCUUCGGCAGCUUCAUUUUCCUCAUCACGUGCUGCCUGUUCAACAUGAUGAACGGUCUGGCCAUCAACAUCACCACAGAGUUGGAGAAAAAUGCACACGUGUUCAGCACCAUAGCGCAGUGCGAGAUGAUCAUCGAGUUUGAUGCUCUGCUGAAGCAGUUGUCCAGUUGGCUUAAGUACCUUCACCUGCCAGGAAAGGACGCAAUAAACGCCGUCUGGGUCGAGCGGAUCAAGGUGCAGCCGUCUACGGGCGAGUGCAAGAAUUUGGAACAGUAUGACAGUUCAAUAACGAAGCACUCCAUAGCCCCUGAGGAAGAUUUUUGGGAAACCAAUGACCGCAGAAGAGUUGAGUGGGUAUGGAUGAAUCGCGGGUAUACGCUGGACAACAGAAUUGUAAGGGCGGCUCUCGAGUGCUGCAGCAAGAAUAUAUACAGGGACCCUGCUGACGUGGAAGUCAAUCUUGACUACAACGACGAUGAUGGAGAUGACAGCAAUACCAAUGGAGGCAACAACAAAGAACCUCUCAAUCUUAAUGACGACAUGAAGUCUAAGGUGGAGAGCUUAGCAUCCCAAUUUCACGCCAAACCACCUGAAAAUGCAUUGGAUGUGCCGACAGGAGGACUGAAAUAAUCAAGAAAAUGGAACGCCUGCAAUUUUUAUAACUUCAUUAAUUAUUAUUGCUUAUUGAUUGAUGUGCUAAUUUUAUUAAGCGCGUUUUGAAUUUUGGAGAAAAUGGUUAGAUUUUCUUACUAGCGUGAGAAGUAAAUACACUAUAUAGAACUGACCUCUGAAGUAAGUUUUUUCUUGGGCUAACUCCAAGCAACUGUUGAAAGUUUAAUCACGCUUUGUACCCAAAUUAUUUUUUGAUUCACAAUACAGAUAACAUUGACCCUAUCUCAAAAGCUUUAUAUUUCUUAAAAAUUCAUCCCAAAAACUGUUUGUGUAUAAUUAACGUCAAAUUUUUAUUGAGAAGUAAACAGUUAUUGAAAAAAAUUGU